UUUCGAUUUUGGUCGUUAAUUUAUUGCAACGUUAAUUUGGAGUCAUGUAGAUUGGGUAGUCUACGAUUUUAAUGUGUUUUUGAAGCUUUGAUAAAAUUCUAUAUGCUGAUUCAGUGGAUUCUUCCGCUGUUUUGGGAUUACAUGUAUGCUGACUACGGUUUGUUUGAAGUGAAAAUUCGAAUUCUUUUUAACUUUGUUCAUGAAUGAACGACUUUACAUUUUUGUUUUUACUGGGGAUGGAAGUUCUUUUAGGUUUGAAUGUUCGAUUAUGCGUUAAUUAGUGGCUACAGUUGGUUUUAAUCCUUUCCGAGUGCGUCAAUUAGUGGCCUUGUGUCGUCAGGGACCUUCCAUGUCGAUGACAUCGACUCAUCUUCUUGCAAUUUCUGAUCUGUCUUUGUCAUUGACCCUAUUUUGCCAUUCUUCUGUUCUAAUUGUUGCAUUCCGGUCGCCGUGAAGGUGGAAGAGGAGGAGGUGCGCGGCGGUGUUUGUGGUAAACAGAAAGUUUUGGGUCAAUUAGGUUUUAAAGGGAGAAUAACAAGAAAAAGAAAAAUAAGAAAGCUUAGUGAUAUAUUUUGGUAAUUUAACCUCUUUCGUUAUCUAACUUAACGAUUGAGGAGGUAUUUGUCGCAAGUCGAACGUAAAAGUUCAGGGUCUUUGAAGUUUGACCCUUUGUCGCAAUUCAAAGCAUAAGGGGUAUUUGUCACUGAUGCUAUAUAAUAUAGGGGGUCUUUAUCACUGAUCCUCUAAUAUAGGGGAGGUUGUUGUAAGUUACGUUAUUAUUUAUUUUCCCACCUUGGUCAGUGACCCAAACACCGGUCCAUGAAUCAUGAUCACCCCCCGCGUACAAAUGUACCAAAGCCCGUUUGCUUCUCCCUCAGAAUUUCCCGUUACCCACCAGAAAAACUGGGGAGCUUUUCCGUGCUUCUCUAUCUCUCUCUCUCUAACCCCAUGGCUGGUUUUCUUAGUCGUGUCUCAUUGCCAGUUUUCUGGGCCGUCCAAGCGCCCCUAGGCGAUUUUGUCAACCUCCAUAUACCAUCGGCAGUUUCCGACUACUGCUUAUCUUCCUGCAUUCCCUCUUAUAGCUCCAAACCAGGCGGGUUUCCUUUUGCAUGGCGUCGGUGUUUCUGCACCAUGUCGUCGAUGACCUGACAGUCGGAAAGCCAGAGCUGGUUGAGUUUCUGGAGACGGAGGCCAUCGAGUCGGCUAUUCGGGCGAUCGGUGACUGUACAGAAUGUGGGAUUCCUGUGUGGAAGAGCAGGAACGAGAAAAGUGUGGUGGAGAGUGCAGAGGUGAGGCAACAGAGGUUUGUCGGUAUAAUUAAUUCUCUUGAUAUAGUUGCUUUUCUAGCAACCGAAGAGUGUUUGGAGAAUCGGAAGAAGGCAAUGAAGACACCCGUCUCAGAGGUCGUGGUGCCGAAUAAUUUACUCUUGAAGGAGGUUGAUCCUGGAACAAGUGUCUAUGUCGCUUGUGGAUCCAAUUUCCUAAUUUGGGGUAAAGGUUUUUUAUUGCUAUGUUAAUUCUUUGAUGGAUGACUACUUUUCUAGUUUGAUGUUGAUGCAUUAGCGAUAUGUUGCUGGACUUGGGUUUGGUGCUUCUGUUAUUAAUUUGGUUUUUGAGCUGGAUUCGAUUCUCUUUUGUUCAAUAGUUGAUCCGGGUUUCUGCUUUUGGAGUUAGUUGGGUUUGACUAUUUACAUGUUUUUUCGUAUUUCUUUAUACUCUUUCUUGUCGCUUUAUUUCAGAGUAGUAUUGUACUUUACCGAGUCUCGGCAUUAGUUCCAGUUUGAUUUUACCUAUCGAAAAGAAGUCUAGUUUGGUUUUCCACUAUGAUCCUUCCCUUCCGAUUAUGGAUUGGUUCUGAGUUUAUAUGCUCUACUCUUGAUACCGACUCUGUUUAGUUUUGAUGGUUAACUAGGAAUCUGUCUUGUUUUUAUAAAAUCUGAUCAUUGUUGCUGCAUUUCUUUCCUGCUUGAUGUUUCUCUUGCAGUUUCAAUAUAUGACUCCUAUCCCCCACUUUGUUACUGUUGUGACCUGUAUUUCAUGCUUUAA